AUGGAUGAACUCAAAAAAUUAAAAGUUCCACAAUUAAAGGAAUUACUUAAAAAUGAAGGAUUGGCGAUUACUGGAAAGAAAGAUGAGCUCAUUAAACGUUUAUUCGAUCGUCAAUCUCAAUCAAAUCAAUCAAAAUCAAAAUCACCAUCUCCAGUACCAAACAAUGAUACUCAAAAUUUGACAAAUGAGGAUACCCAAGAUUCAACAAAUAAGGAUACUCAAGAUGAUUCAACACCAGCCAAGGACUCUCAAGAUCUCACAACGAAUAAUAUUCAAGAUCCUCCAAAUAACAAUGUUCAAGACACGUCAACUAACAAUAUUGGAGAUCAUUCAACUAACAAUAUUGGAGAUCAUUCAACUAAAAAUGGCCAACAUCCAUCAACUAACGAUGAACAAGAUGACUUGCCACCCACAAAGCGUCCAAGACUCUCAAACGAAAACCCACCACCACGACCUCAAACCCACGAAGACGAAAUGAACCUAGAUCUAGACCUAGAAGCAGAACCAGAAGAUCCUAACCAACCAAUUCAAACCAAUUCAAAUCGAACCAAAUCAGAUUUAUACUUAGAUACGAUCAAUAGAGAUAUGUUAGACUUUGAUUUCGAACGACUUUGUUCAGUAACCUUGUCAAACAUCAAUAUCUAUGCUUGUUUAGUUUGUGGUAAAUAUUUUCAAGGUCGUAGUAAGAUCAGUCCUGCUUAUGCACAUAGUAUUGGAUCGGAUCAUCAUGUGUUUAUUAACUUGUUAUCUGAAAAGGUUUAUGUUUUACCUGAUGGAUAUGAAGUUUCAGAUCCAUCUUUAGAUGAUAUCAAGUACUUAUUGAAUCCUACUUUUACACCCGAGUUUUUAAAUCGAUUAGAUACAGGAUUAUAUCCUGUAGCAUAUGAUUUACAAGGAAUUAGUUAUUUACCAGGAUUUGUAGGAUUAAACAAUAUCAAAGCCAAUGAUUAUCUAAAUGUGAUUGUUCAAAUCUUAUCACAUGUGACUCCAUUACGAGAUUAUUUGAUCUGUAGAAAACCAACCUCAAACGAUACUGAAUUAGUUAAAAGGUUUGGAACUUUAAUGAGAAAAUUAUGGAAUCCAAAAGCAUUUAAAUCACAAGUUAGUCCACAUGAAUUUGGACAAGAAGUUAGUAAACGAUCUAAUCGAAAAUUCAAACUUACAGAACAAGCUGAUCCAUUAGAAUUCUUAGGUUGGUUAUUAAAUACGUUACAUUUAGACUUAGGUGGACAUCAAAAGAAACCGAUGAAAAAGAAACACAUGAAAUUAAAAAAUGAAGGAAAUCCUCAAGAAUCAGAUCAGAUGAUCAAAAAAGUAGAAGAAGAAAAAGAUGAACCAAGUAGUAUUAUAGAUGCAGCUUUUAGAGGAGAAGUUAGGAUUGAAGAACAUGAUAUUUUAGCUAGACCAGAUACAGGAGAGAAAGGAUUAAAACCGAUUUUCGAUCUAGGAGCUGAAGUUCGAACGAUUCAAACCCCAUUUUUAUUUUUAACAAUCGAUUUACCACCACCACCUGUAUUUCAAGACACGAUCGAAAAAAAUAUAAUACCUCAAAUCGGAUUAAAUGAAGUUUUGAUGAAGUAUGAUGGAAAGAAAACGAUUGAGAUCAAUGGGAAAUUAAAACGGUUUAAGAUCUUAGGUUUACCUCCAUUUUUGAUUUUACAUUUCAAACGAUUUACUUCGAAUAAUUUUAUUGAAGAAAAGAAUCCGACGAUUGUCAAUUUCCAUACAAAAGGUAUCGAUCUAAGUCCAUACUAUGAACCUAAACCCAAAGAAAAAGAAAAAGAAGUAGAUGAACCAAUUGAACGACUUUAUGAUUUAUUAGCCAAUGUGACUUAUUCAUCAACAGCCGGAACAGCUAAAGAAGAUUCGCAAUGGAAAGUACAAGUUCAUACUAGAAGUGUGAAUGAAAAACAAGAAGAAGAAUUAAAGGCAAAUUCAUUAAAACCAAAUGAAGAGAAAUGGUUUCAAAUUCAAGAUUUGAUUGUAGAAGAGAUCAAUAGACAGAUGGUCUUCCUAGGUGAAAGUUAUAUUCAAGUUUGGGAAAGAAGAAGUGAUAAGAUUGAAUCUAGUUUAAAGUUUAAAGAUUCUUUAAAAUGA